ACUCCGCCCAUUCAACGUUACAUAUAUGUUUAUGAAUGCACCCUCCCAGUGUGCAAAUGGAGCUUCCUGAUUGGCUGUUCUUGAACCUUCAACCUACGACUCAAAAUAAGCAGAUCAGCUGAUCUGACUCUACUGGCACAACAACACAGGAGGGCAACAAUCAAGAGUACUAGUGUAAUCUCCGAUUUUACAAGACGCCUUUCUGUGCAAAAACUUUUGUAUCCGUUGGUACAGUGAGCGUCUCCAAAAGAAGUCUGUUACUUUUAACUUCUCUCUGGCGAACAGAAGCUAGCGGGAUGUUAUAGCUUGCUGGCUAGUUUUUAAGCUUUAUCAAUAGCCAAGUCAUCGGUAUCAAAAGGAGAGUUAGCCUAGCUAUCUAGCUAUUUGGAUUGUUUACCAGCUAGCAUAGCUGAAUGACCACUUGUUUAACUUGAGAGAAUUACGGUGUCGUUGCUUAUUUUAAAGACACAAGAACACAGGAUGAUAUAACUAGCCAAUGCUAUCUGACAUUUCCUUAGCCUGCAAUUUGUUAUUAUAACCUGUUACACUGGAUAUCAGGCUGUUUAGGAUGCAAAAUUGUUCUGUCAUUUCUCCGUCAUGUUAGUUUAAACAUCCGGUGGAAAUCUGUUCAUUUUCUGUACAUUUUGUUCGUGAAUGUAAAUACUAGGGUUACAUAUUCAGUUAUUUGUCGGGGUUUGUGAACAAGCAAUGAUUUUGAGUUGGGUUUUUGCUUUGCUGGCAGACCAACCCUGUUAGCAUCGUUAGCAGCGCUAGUCAAAUAUCCUGUGUUGGUAUAAUGCUUCAGAAAGUGUUUACCUUUAAGGCAGCUAUCCGUUAUUCCUCAGCGUCAGCCAAGUUAUUUUACAAGAUAGAUGCAUCUGUGUGGUUUUAGAGUUUGUGCAACCUCGGCUGUCGCUAUGUUAGUGUUGUGUUUUGUUAGCUAUUAACUAAGCUAUCGAUAGCAUAUCUAAGUGCAAUCAAAUUCUACCCAGGUAGCUAUUCAACUGUUCAAGUGUGUUCUUAGAGGCAUAAAGUCAGAUAAUAUUUGAGUGUUGGUAUAACGGUUUUUGAAAAAUAUCACAUUGACAUUUAGAUUCAAACCGUUCGUGCCAUUCAUAUUUUUGUAAUGCAUGGUGAAAGGUGCGUGACAUGACGUUUUCAUAUUGGAUUAAUUCAUAACACUAAUAAAUUGUGGGUGGAAAUCGGGAAACUAAGUUCAGAACUCACUUUGCAUACAUUGUGUUUGAGUAGCCAAAUGCUGAAGGGACUUAACAACCAGUAAAGUCUAAGUAACCAGUCAUAACACAGCUAUUAGCCAACAUCACCAAAAACAUAUCAAGCCUUACAGACCUGUAAUCUGAGUUUAGCAUCGGCUGCUUAGCAUUUUAUUCAUACCUCCUGGUGCCAGCCCAGCCCAGAUACAUUCAAAGGAAGCAGCUUGACAUACAAUGAGCAGUCAUGGUCCUUCACAGGAAAAAGGAGUUAACACCAGUCUAGCGUGCCAGGAGAGUUAUGUGUGUGACGGCUCUGAGGAGGCUGUGUUUGAGUGCCAUGACUGUGCCAGUCUGCAGUGCUCCCUCUGUGAGCUGGAGGUUCACCAGCAGGAGCGACUCCGAGACCACCAGCGCGUGCCCAUAGGCCCCGGGCAUGUGCCCGGCUGCGACAGCUGCAAGGGGGGCAACGGGAAGGGCGGCUCGGGGAGCGGCAAGCGCAACCUGUCCGUCGUCCGCUGCCAGACCUGUAAGACUAACCUUUGCCAGGACUGCCAGAAACGCACCCACAACGGAGGGGGUAAGAAGAAGCACCCGCUCACUCACUACCCGCCGCCCAGAAGUGGCCAGCACAGCGGCCAGACGGGCGUCAGCAGUGGGCAGGAUCUGGCGAAAGCCCAGCAGGCAGAGCUCCUGGAGAAGGUCACUAGCUUCCUGCUGGUGGAUGAGAACGAGGAGGUGCAGAUCCAGAAUGAGGAGGAGUUUGUGAAGAGGCUGGACUGCCAUCCAGACGAGCUUCUCAAAGUGGUGUCCAUCUUCGGGAACAUCGGAGAGGGCAAGUCCCACACACUCAACCACACCUUCUUCCAGGGCAGGGAGGUGUUCAAGACGUCGCCCACCCAGGAGUCCUGCACCGUGGGGGUGUGGGUGGCUUUCGACCCCGCCCACCGCAUGGUGGUGAUUGACACCGAGGGUCUCCAGAGCAACAGCUCCAACCAGGGCCAGCGCACCCGCCUGCUGCUCAAGGUGCUGGCCAUCUCCGACCUCAUCAUAUACCGCACCCACGCCGACCGUCUCCACGACGACCUCUUCCGUUUCCUGGGAGACGCCUCGGAGGCCUACCUGAAGUACUUCACCAAGGAGCUGAAGGCCACUGCCGCGCGCUUCGGUCUGGACGUCCCCCUCUCCACUCUGGGCCCUUCCGUCAUCAUCUUCCACGAGACCGUCCACACCUCACUGCUCGGCUCCGAGCGGUCGUCUGAGCCGGUGGAGCGCCUGCUCCAAGAGCGGUUCCAUAAGCUGGGCCGCUUCCCCGAGGCCUUCAGCUGCGUGCGCUACUGCGGAACACACACCAGCGCCCCGCCCACAGACUUCAGGAGCCUGCGGAACAUUCUAGAGAGCCAGCUGGAGAGCCACACCACACGUUCCCCGCGCUCUCCUCUCGUCAUAUACAAAGCCCUGCAGGCUCUGAGCGAGCGCUUCAGUGGUGAGAUCUCAGACGAGCUCAUCUCUCACAGCUGUUUCUUCCCUGAUGAGUACUUCACCUGCUCCAGCCUCUGUCUCAGCUGUGGCUCGAGCUGUAGGAACAGCACAAACCACCUGAGAGAGGACGUUCCCCACGAGGCCAAACACCGCUGCCGAUACUCCGCUCACUAUGACAACCGCAUCUUCACCUGCAAGGCCUGCUAUGAGGGAGGGAAGGAGGUGGUCGUCGUGCCAAAGACUUCUGCGUCCUCUGAUUCCCCAUGGUUCGGCCUCGCCCGAUACGCUUGGUCGGGGUACGUGAUUGAGUGUCCUGGUUGUGGGGUGAUCUACCGCAGCAGACAGUUCUGGUAUGGCAACCAGGACCCUGUGAACACGGUGGUCCGCACCGAGAUCCAGCACAUCUGGCCUGGGUGUGACAGCCUGCUGAAGGACAACAGCAAUGCGGCGCAGCGUCUGCUGGACGGGGUGAACCUCAUGGCCCAGUCUGUGUCUGAGCUCAGCGUCAAACCAGCCAAGGCCGUCACCUCCUGGAUCACGGAUCAGAUCGCACCGGCCUACUGGAAACCCAACGCCCUUAUCCUGACGUGUCAUAAGUGUGCUGAGGUGUUCCAGGAGAGCGGCACCAAGCACCACUGUCGUGCGUGUGGAGAGGGCUUCUGUGACCAGUGCUCCUCACGCCUGCGCCCCGUGCCAGAGAGGGGCUGGGGGCUCGCGCCUGUCAGAGUGUGUGACGCAUGCUACGACCAGAAGGACAUACACACAGAGCUAGUGGUGGUGGAGCAUGAGGAGGAGGACGGAGGGACCCUGGCCAGAAAGGUUGGAGAAGUGGUGUCCAGCACGUUAGGAGCCGUCGUUACUGCCAUCGACAUCCCACUAGGUGAGUGAAGACCAGAACAUGAAAGGAGUUUAAAGGUUCAGUCCAUGAUUCAUCCCACUAGGUGAGUGAAGACCAGAACAUGAAAGGAGUUUAAAGGUUCAGUCCAUGAUUCAUCCCACUAGGUGAGUGAAGACCAGAACAUGAAAGGAGUUUAAAGGUUUAGUCCAUGAUUCAUCCCACUAGGUGAGUGAAGACCAGAACAUACAGGGAGUUUAAAGGUUUAGUCCAUGAUUCAUCCCACUAGGUGAGUGAAGACCAGAACAUACAGGGAGUUUAAAGGUUUAGUCCAUGAUUCAUCCCACUAGGUGAGUGAAGACCAGAACAUACCGGGAGUUUAAAGGUUCAGUCCAUGAUUCAUCCCACUAGGUGAGUGAAGACCAGAACAUGAAAGGAGUUUAAAGGUUCAGUCCAUGAUUCAUCCCACUAGGCGAGUGAAGACGAGAACAUGAAAGCAGUUUAAAGGUUCAGUCCAUGAUUCAUCCCACUAGGUGAGUGAAGACCAGAACAUGAAAGCAGUUUAAAGGUUCAGUCCAUGAUUCAUCCCACUAGGCGAGUGAAGACGAGAACAUGAAAGCAGUUUAAAGGUUCAGUCCAUGAUUCAUCCCACUAGGUGAGUGAAGACCAGAACAUGAAAGCAGUUUAAAGGUUCAGUCCAUGAUUCUAAUCCAGUGCACGUUUUGUCAAACUCAGUAAAUGACUCCUGACGGUCCUACAGCUGUCUGUGUAUAGUUGUGUGCGCUCAAAUACACAGUCCCUUGCUCUGUAAAUGGGACAGAAAUAUAGCGGCUCAGGUCAAGCCAUAAAUAGUUCUAGCCAAUCAACACGUUACUUCAGGAGCAUGGAAAGGAGGGGUGUAAUAUGAUUGGCUUUUGAGCUCAAAUAUCAACAACCUUUCACCAGAAUGGCAGACUGGACCUUUAAUGUAAGAGCGCUUCACUGACCUCUGCUGGUGGCAGACUGCACCUUUAAUGUAAGAGCGCUUCACUGCCCUCUGCUGGUGGCAGACUGGACCUUUAAUGUAAGAGCGCUUCACUGACCUCUGCUGGUGGCUCCCAGGAGCCUUUUUGCUGCAAGUUGCUGCCCUCUAGUGGUCAGUGAGUGGAAUGUUUCAGUCCUACUCCAGGGGGACCCUUCACUGUGAGGUUUUCAUCACUCUCUCUCUUUAUC